CAAUUCAGUUGCACGCGGCGGCUCAAAUAGAACAGAACAGUUCAUUCGGUACCGGACAAUGGGGAGACUUUUGCUGCUGGACAUCUUUCAAUGGUUCGCCGUUCUGAUUGGCUUGACAUCCUAUAGGCUUGUCGAUGGUAGAUUUAUGCAAACCCGGCUAACUCGAGUGUACACGUUGAUCCUCAAUGUCAUCACGGUCGUAAUGCUGCCUCCGGCUCUGUUAGGCGCUGCCAACUUUUUUGUCGUGGAUAUCUGGCUGCCGAAAUUUAUGUGGGUCACUCCUUACGUCCUUUAUGCGGUGAACUACGUGGUCAUUGUCCAAACUCUGACCUCGCGUGGCCAUCGGGACAGCAUACUGAUGGAGCUGCACCAUUUAAUUGUUAAAUUGAGCCGCGAAAUGGGCAGAGCCGGAAAGCGGACGAACUCAAGCCUUCGGAGGCUGUUCUACAUAAAGACCAUUACCAUGUCGUAUCUGUGCCUGAGUUAUGUCUUGGGAACAUUCCUGUUCACCGACGGCUUCACCGCUUACAUGAUUCUCAGCUGUGUUCUAAUUAACAAUGGAUACAACAUCCUGAUUUCCACCACGCACUUGUACUUUGUGUCGCUCUGGCAAGUUGCUCGCGGAUAUGAUUUCGUGAACCAGCAGCUGGAGGAGCUCAUCUCCACACGGUCGCCGCUCACAUCUGGGUCCACCGAGGAGCUGCGCAGUCUGUGGUCGCUUCACGCCAGCCUCAGCCGGACAGCGCAGAAGAUAAACAGGAUCUACGGUCGCCAGAUGUUGGCCUCACGUUUCGACUACAUUAUAUUCACUGUAAUUAAUGGCUAUAUUGGUUCGAUUUACACGCGCAAUGAACCCGCGCCUUUCCUCACAAAAUGCUAUGGAGGUCUAGUCUAUUGGAUACGGAUUAUGGACUUUUUUAUGACCGACUAUAUCUGUGAUUUGGUGACUCAGUACCAGAGCAUGCGGAGGGACACCGUUAGCGAAGUCAGCGUCAUGUCCAAUGAGCUCCAUUCGUUUGUAAUCUACCAAAACAGCAUGAAGCUUAAUUUAAAGGUUUGCGGCCUGUACCCAGCCAAUCGAAAACAGUGGCUUAGCAUGAGUGGAGCCAUUCUCUGCAACUCCAUAAUGCUUCUGCAGUACCAUCUGAUGAUGAAAGCUAAAACAGAAAAGCUAAACAAAUAA